ACUCACCACUGGUAAAGUUUCCCCUCCCCGUCGUCAUGUUAAAGGUGAUUUCCAGUGUCAGCGAGAUCUAUCAGAACAUCAUUCCCUGGAGGAGGUGAGACGAUAUUAGGAAGACUCUACAUUGAAACAGGUUUCUGUUGUCAGUGAUGUCAUAUCAGGCAGAAUCAAUGACGUCUCAGCCUCAAAUGACUGUAACCAGUUACACAGUUUCUCACUGGAGCUCUGACGUCUGUGACUGCUGUGAUGACUGCGGCAUCUGUCUGUGUGGGGCAUUUAUUCCUUGCAUCUUAGGUUGUAAGGUGGCACAGGAUAACGGUGACAGCUGCUGUCUGCCCUUCCUACCUGGAGCUAUGGUUGCACUGAGGACCAGCAUCCGUGACCGAUAUCAUAUUAAUGGAUCUGUCUGUGAUGACUGGGUGAUCAUGACCUGCUGCUCUUUCUGUGGACUCUGUCAGCUGGCCCGAGAACAGAAGGCGAGAGGCUAAUUUGGAAACGAAGGGAAUGGAAUAAAUGAUUAAAAAAAAACUAAAUUGAUGGAAAUGAAUUUUUUAAUAUGAUUUGCUUUUUUUCCCCAAACUGUCUCAAAGUUUUAAAUGACCCUUCAACUAUGAAGUGUUGGAUUUGAUUUCAUUGAACCUUGCAUUAUAUUUUAUACAACAAACCAAACCCUUAUUAACUUUUUACAUCAAUCAGUCUACCUAAAUUUAGGGCAAUAUUAUUAUAAAAAAAAUUCUGAUAAUUAUCAGUAUACAAAUAUGUAUUUACAGAAAGAUUUCUCUGCAUGACAAAUAAAAACAACAAGACUAGGCAAAACAGGACUAACUGCUUAUUGUCUGAUCUGACUUUGCUGGUUCCUCUUUCUAUUCCUGGGAGGAGAAACUCCUAUUUAAAAGAAAAGAAUGCUUCUGAUAGCUACAAAACUAUCGGAAAGUAUUUCAUGAAGGUAAGGUACUAACUCGUAUUCAUUUUUAAAUCCAGAGCUUGCUUUUUUAGCAAAGAUAUGAGAGCUUGUUUUACUUUGAAUUCCUUCUCUGUUUGUUUUGCUCACCUCUCAUUGUACUUUAAAGUCAGUUUCAUUAACAAAAGAAGUUUGCAUACAGGUACAUGUUAACUUUAAGUAAGAUGUUUAAGUAUUGACUUCAUUUGAAUGUCUUUGAUACAAUCUAGUUUUAUUUUUUAAAUAAAAUUGUUUAGAGAAGUCGCUGACUGAAGAAUGGGGAAACUGUCAGUUAAUAUGAGUUAUUAGAGAAGUGUGAGAAGAAAACAAAAAUCUGCCUGCAUUAUAAAGUGCACAAUAUAAAUGUGUACACCAAAAUUUAUUGAAAAUUAUUAUUUUUUCAAUUUCUCUGUGAAUGUAGACUAUUAAAAAAGAAUUUUGGUGCAUUUAAAAAUGAACAGUUUGUUUAAACAGCUAUAUUCCUUUUUUUUUUACCAUUAACAUUUAACUUAUUGGGGUGCGAUAUUUCCACAGUGAUCUUAUAAGAUUAAUUCCAGAUUAAUUUGAUUUGGUACUGACUAAUCUGAAAUAUAUACACAAACAGGUUAUUGUAGCUUUCAUAACAGAAUGCAUGAAUGUAAAAGGGAUGUACUCAUUAUUACUCAAUCAUUUAUUACUCACUGCACUUUCACUAACCUCUGUCAUUUUAUUAAUUGGUAAUACAUGGAAUAAAUAUUUAAAACAUC